AUGAAGUUUUGUACGGAGUUUGUGCAAACCGAAAGAAUAAAGAUCAAUCGCUUUUACGGCAUACUGAAGGCAGAAUUCAGGGAAUUCAUCACUCCCUCGAAAUGUGAAACCCUUGAUGAGCUUAUUAAUCUGGCGCGGGAUAGAGAAAUAGAAAUCAAGAGGCAAGAAGAACGUGGUGAAAAGAGACCAAAUGAAAAGAGUGGAAGUUCGACUCCGACUAAAAAGGGGAAGUAUCAAGAGCAAGGAAGAAAGGAUAAGUCGAAGAGUGGUAUCACGCCUUGCAAGACUUGUGGAAAACUACAUACGGGGGAAUGCUUGUUAGGCAAAAAGGGAUGCUAUAAAUGUGGUAAAGAAGGGCAUUCGUCUUAUCAAUGUCCAACUAGCCCGAAGACUUGCUUCAAUUGUUUCGAAAAGGGGCAUAUCAAAUCUGAAUGCCCAAAACUUCAGCAAGAGUCGAGAAAAGAGGAUAAGAAGCAAGAAGGUUCUAGGGCCAAAGGGAGAAUGUUCCAAAUUACAUCCGAAGAAGCCAAGUCUCACCCGAAUGUGAUUUCAGGUAUCUUUUUACUAAACUCCAUACCAGUUUAUGUUCUGUUCGAUACUGGAGCUACUAUGUCAUUUAUUUCGAAUGAAAUCAUACAACAUCUGUCCUUUAAGAUCGAACGAAUGCCAAUGCCUCUAGAAGUAGAAAUAGCCGAUAGUAAGAUCUAUAUGUUACACGAGGUGUGUAGAAACUGCAAAUUCACUAUAGAAGAUGAGGAAUUUGACAUCGACCUCAUACCUAUGGUUUUGGGGGAAUUUAAAAUGAUUGUGGGGAUGGAUUGGUUGGCGCGACACCAUGUGGAGAUUGAUUGUGAAAAUAAGGUAAUGCUCAUCCAAGCUCCAAGUGGAAGACAAUUGAGUAUUCAAGGAGAGAGAAAUGUAGAAACCAAGUUGUGCACCUUGGUCCAAGCUUUCAAAUACGUACUUAACGGGAGUAGAGCAUACCUAGCUUAUGUAGUAGAUGCCCGACAAACCCUCCCGAAGCUUGAAGACGUUGAGACCGUGAAUGAAUUUCCGGAUGUAUUUCCGGAAGAAUUGUCGGGACUCCCACCCGAGAGAGAAAUAGAGUUUCGCAUCGAAGUAAAUCCGGGUGCGAAACCCGUUGCAAAGGCCCCCUACAGACUUGCUCCCACCGAGAUGCGCGAAUUAAUGACACAACUACAAGAUCUUCUAGAUAAGGGUUUCAUACGCCCGAGUGUGUCGCCUAGGGGAGCACCUGUCUUAUUUGUUAAGAAGAAAGACGGUCAUGUCGUUUGGAUUGACGCACGCGCCGUCGCGUUUAUGGAUCUUAUGAACCGGGUGUGCCGACCCAUGUUAGGCAAAUCGGUAAUCGUGUUCAUAGAUGAUAUCUUAGUCUAUUCGCGAAGCAAAGCCGAGCAUGCAAAGCAUUUGCGUGAAGUACUCGAAAUUCUCCGCAAGGAGAAACUUUACGCAAAAUUUCCGAAAUGCGCCUUCUGGCUCAGGGAGGUACAGUUUCUAGGCCACGUGAUCAAUGCGGAAGGUGUUUUAGUAGAUCCGUCAAAGAUUGAUGCCGAUUUCUCGAAGAUAGCUCUACCCUUAACCAGAUUAACGAGAAGGAAAGAAAAGUUUGUAUGGGGUAAGGAACAGGAAGAGGCCUUUCGUAUACUGAAGGAGAAAUUGUCGAGUCCUCCGGUCCUGACGUUACCAGAUGGGACUGAAGAUCUGGUUGUUUAUUCAGAUGCUUCACAGCAAGGGUUAGGUUGUGUUUUGAUGCAAAGGGGAAAGGUUAUUGCAUAUGCUUCGCGGCAACUAAAGCCUCACGAGCGAAGAUGGUUAGAACUGAUUAAGGACUAUGAUUGUGACAUCCUUUAUCACCCGGGAAAAGCGAAUGAGGUGGCUGAUGCACUAAGCCGAAAAGGGACUCCACCUCCAAUUCGUGUGAAGUCCAUGAAAAUGAUAGUUACUCCACAAUUACUUGAGAUGAUACGGGAUUCCCAAAGGAAGUCGCUUGCAGCAGAAGACUCAAAGAAAGAAAGGUUAAAAGGUGUGGCCGAUAAGCUGGAAGAAAGCCCGACCGGACUUAAGAUGAGGUUCGGCCGAGUUUGGAUACCGCGUUUCUGCGAAGUCAAGACCGCGAUACUUGAAGAAGCUCAUAAAUCACGAUAUUCGGUUCACCCCGGGGCUACAAAGAUGUAUCGAGAUUUGAAGGCCAAUUAUUGGUGGCCGGGCAUGAAACGCGAUAUCGUAAAGUAUGUCGCAAAAUGCUUAACGUGCUCUCAAGUAAAAGCGGAACAUCAAAAGCCCUACGGGGAAUCACAACCUUUGGGGAUACCGUUGUGGAAAUGGGAGGAACUAACAAUGGAUUUAGUAACCAAGCUUCCAAGAACGAAAAAGGGGCAUGAUAAAAUAUGGUUGAGAAAAUGUCUCGCGGAUGAUACUGCGCUAGUACCUCUCGAUGACAUCGAGUUAGACGAGGGAUUGAAUUAUGUUGAGAGACCCAUAGCUAUUAAAGACGUUAACGUGAAGAAUCUCCGCAACAAAGCUGUUAAACAAGUGUUGGUGCAAUGGCAGCACAGAAAGGGUUCAGAACUUACAUGGGAAGUAGAAGACGAAAUGAGGAAGCACUAUCCGUUUCUCUUUGGUAUGACAUUAAUUGAUUAG